UUUCAUCUGUGAAGGAAGGAGUMAAUAUGAAGAAAAAAAGCUGAAUUUUUAUGCGGAUUUGGUCCUUUUUCUUCAAAUAUCUUUGUGAUUUACCAAGGGGAGUAAGUCCUUAACAUAAUGGAAUCAGAGUCAGCUGUUAAACUUCCGAAAAUCCCUGACCCGAAACCGGGAGGAAGACAGAGCCCGCGAGAGAAAUUUCAAGCCAAAAAUUGGAAGAGUUUGAGCAAGAAAGAAGUGCAAAAGCUUUCUCCGUUAGAACGAAGCAAAUACUUGGCGUAYGAGUCGCCAUCUAAGGAAUGUGGUGAAUCUAUGGCAGCCGCUAGAAAAAGACUGAAAGAAAGAAAAAAAGAAAAGAACUUGCAAGAAAGACCAAGGCCUAUUGAAGACCAGCUAGAGGAGGACAGACAUAUCAAUCUGAUUGGACAGCUCAAAGCUGCAGAGGCAAGAAACAGACUGAGAUUGAUGCGACUAAGAUAUGACAACAAUAGAGCAUCUGAAGUGAACCACCUUAUUUCAUGUCAACCAACUGCUCUAAAAGCUGUACGAUUACAAAGUCUUGUUCCCCCUUACACAGACAAAAUAUGCAUCAGAGAUUUGUUGGGAAAGUCCGAGAGAGGUCGUGUCAAUGAGCUGUUAGAGGAUGAAAUUGGAUUAGAAACAGAGAGAAUUCUAUCAUAAGGCAAGACUGACGUACCCAAACACAGUCAGAAUCACAAGCACUUGUGAUGCUAAGGGCAAGGAAUUUACUCAAGGUCAUCUAACACACCCAAACGCAGUGAUGGAACAGCAAUCUGUUUUCAAAGAAAAUUGCAUCACAAGCAAUCCUAAGCAAACAUCACUAACAUCACAUGAGAAGAAACAGACUUCUAAGAACACAUAUAAAAAUGCAUAGUUUUUAUUUCUGUAAAUAUUAGAAAAUAUAUAUUGUAUUUUGUAAGAUAGUGUUGUUUUCACUUAAAUAAGUAUUUGCAUUAAUUYAUAUAGCAAGCUUGCAAUGAUUGCAAGUCAUAUUUUCCUUGGUUGGACAUGACGGCAAAGAGAAUAUUGUGUUUAGUACCACAUAUAUCUGCAGAAGUGAUACCAGAUAAGUCUUGUACAUAAACUGAAUUCUUUGAGGACAGUUUUACAGUAAGGACAACAAACAAUAUUGAUCCUUGAAAAUUGGUUGGCAAUUCUUGGAAUUGUCAAUGUUGGAAUUGCAUGAUAGCAAGGUUAUAGAAAUAAACUUACAAAAAAAAAGAACUUUUUGCAAAUUGAAAAA